AGAUUUGCAAGAGAGACGGCUCCGGUGAGCUGUCAUUGGCACAGUCGGCCCGUGAUUCCACCCGCUUUAGUCGCUUGGCGUUCCUGCAGGUCGUCAGAGGUGGGGCGAGAGUGAAGCAAACCCUCGUCGGACACAUCGGCAUCCGGAAGGAUGGCCCUGGCCUGGACUCUGGUGGCGGCGUGCCUGCUGGCAUCGUCCGCCGUCCCCCAGUCGACGGACUCCCCGGGCUACCGCCUGCCCCGCUCCGUGGUGCCGGAGCGCUACCAGCUCUACCUGGUGCCCUUCCAUCCGCAGCAGUUCGCGUUCACGGGCAACGUCACCAUCUCCGUGACCGCCGCUGAAGUCACCGACAACAUCACCUUGCACGCCAACUACCUGCAGGUGACCAGGACAGUGGUGAGGACUACAACGGCGCCGGUGCGCGAGCUGGGCGUGGUGAGCACCCAGUUCAGCGGCGACACACGCAACCUGCUCGUACUGCGGCUGAACGAGAACCUGGCUCGGGGUGCGCGGUACGAGCUGGUCUUCGAGUUCACCGGCGAGCUGCGCGACGACAUGUACGGCUUCUACCGGAGCUCGUACACCGCCGACAACCAGACCAGGAUGCUGGCGGCCACCCAGUUCGAGUCCACCCACGCCCGGAGAGCGUUUCCCUGCUUCGACGAGCCGGCCUUCAAGGCCACGUUCAAGAUAAACAUAGCGAGGACCAGCAACAUGACUGCGCUGUCCAACAUGCCGCUGGCGUCCACGUCGCUGCCAGACGCGAGCCUGGGCAACCGGGUGUGGGACAGUUUCAAUGAGACAGUCAAGAUGUCCACCUACCUGGUCGCCUUCGUGGUCGCAGACUUCCGGUCACUGAGCAAUGGCAGCUUCGCGACGUGGGCACGCCCUGAGGCCGUGAGCCUGGGCGCUUACAGCCAGUUGGUCGGCCCACAGUCCCUCGAAGUGCUUAAGAACUACACUGGUAUCGCGUAUGCCCUGCCCAAGUUGGAUCAAGUGGCGCUGCCCGACUUUGCCGCAGGCGCCAUGGAGAACUGGGGGCUCGUCACAUACAGGGAGACGAACCUGCUCUACGACAACUCGUCCUCCACGACGGCCAACAAGCAGAGCAUAGCUGCGGUGGUGGCCCACGAGCUGACGCACCAGUGGUUCGGCAACUUGGUCACCAUGGAGUGGUGGCGCUACACCUGGCUCAACGAGGGCUUCGCGCGCUUCUUCCAGUACUACAUCGUCGACAAGAUUGAGGCGACUUGGCGGAUGAUGGACCAGCUGCUACUGGUGCAGCAGUCUGUGUUCGAGACGGACUCUCUGGCCGCCGCCGCGUCCUUGGACAGCGACUGCAACACCCCUGGCGAGAUCAGCGCCAAGUUCGGCGUCAUCUCCUACAACAAAGGCGCUUCUGUGAUCCGCAUGAUGCAGAACGCGCUCACUGAAGACACCUUCAGGAAAGGGAUACAAACUUACCUGAACUCACGGCGUUUCGACACGGCCGCGCCGAGCCAUCUGUACGCUGCCCUGCAGACGCACGCGGCGGCGGACGGCCGGCUGCCCGGGAACUCCACCGUCGAGGGUAUGUUCGGCCGGUGGGCGUCGCAGGCUGGCUACCCGGUCCUCAGGGUCGACCGUCACUACGACAAUGGCAGCGCCACCGUCUCGCAGAUGAGGUUCUUCCUGACCAAUGGCACGGUCGCCAGAGAGAGGUGGUCAGUUCCUCUCUCGUGGACCAGCCAGUCAAAUGCUCCCGCGGGAUUUGCGAACACGACGCCCUCCGCCUGGAUCUUGGACAGCCAGUCCAGCAUCCAGCUGCAACAAGUGGCGGCCAGCGACGACUGGGUGAUAUUCAACAACCAGGAGUCAGGCUACUACCGGGUGAACUACGACGAGGAGAACUGGCGCAGGAUCGCCGCGCACCUCGGAGGGGAUGGUCACCAGAGCAUCCACGUGCUGAACCGAGCCCAGCUGCUGGACGACAGCCUGAACCUGGCGAGGGCCGGCCUCCUCGACUACAAGCUCGCCCUGGACGUGACCCGGUACCUGUCCAGGGAGACGGACUACCUGCCCUGGACCUCGGCCCUCAACAACUUGGCCUUCAUUGACAGGAGGCUCGUGGGUAGCGAGGCCCAUGGGUCCUUCAAGUCGUACGUGCUGGGGCUGCUGCGGCCUCUGUACGACUCGGUGGGAUUCGAGGAGGGUGCGGGCGACCCCCACGUGACCGUGCUGACCCGGGGCCACGCGCUGACCUGGACCUGCAGGCUGGGGCUGGACGACUGCGUGCGGCGGGCCAGGGACUCCUUCGGCGCCUGGGCCAACUCCACCAGGCCCGCGGAGACCACAAUCUCUGCCAAUCUGAAGAGUGUGGUUUACUGCACAGCAGUGGCAAACGGCGGAGAGAAAGAGUGGAAUUUCUUGUGGGAGAGAUACACCAAUGCCGAACUUGCUGCAGAAAAGGCUCUCAUCUUAACAGCUCUUGGUUGCUCCAAAACCACAUCCACUUUGAACUCGUACUUGCAGAAGUCAAUCACAGAGAACUCUGGAAUCAGGAAACAAGACGCGGCCAGUGUGUACUCGGCGGUCUACAGCAACAUGGAGGGGAUUGACGUCGCCCUGGACUUCUUGGUUCAACACUUUGGGAAUAUAUCGAGAUACUACGGAGGCAUGAGUGCGGUGUCGAACAGCCUCACGGGGAUCGCAAGCAGGCUGACAACCGAACAGCAAGUUAUGAAGCUGGAAGAGUUUGUCACCCAGAAUGAGGCACUUCUCGACUCUGCAGCGACUGCAGGGAAAAGUGCCGUGGAGACUGCGAGAGCAAACCUCAAGUGGAAGAAUGGCAACUACGAAACAAUCCAGGAGUGGCUCCGCAAGAACACACCCGUGCCAACAAGCGCAGCUAACUACCGUUUCACACUGACAACUACCUCUCUGCUAUGUGUUCUAGUGUGUGCAAUAAUGUAAGCAAAAGUAAUAGAUAUUUAAUUGUUUGUAUAGGGGCGAUCCUCUUUAACAGGAAUAAAUAUAUAUCAAUAUAAA